GCGGGAUCCCACCGGCACCUUGCUGAGCCCGCACUAGCAGAAUACAGCACUGGUCCCGUCCUGCCUCUACGCCAAGCUGUGCUGCAUCCGAUAGGAAUCCCUCACCUUCAGGUGUUGCACCCCAGGUCCACCUAGUCUCGACUACAAAGCUUGGCUUCCGAAGCAUCUACAUAGCUCUACACUGGCGACCAUACUCGUGGUCGCCAACGGCGGUCUAAUACUCGCAUUCCUCUCCUUUCCCCCGAAUUUUUCCGACACACAGUGAUGACUGCUGCCUUCUCGAGACUUCAGCUAGCAGCGGCUCUGAUUGGCAAUUGUGCAGAGUACGACAAUGAUAACUCGGACCCUUCCAAGCCUCGUCGGUCCGCACAGGAGAGUGCUAUCUUCGCCCACCUACGGCAGAAUGCAGGGAUCCGUCGUGACACUGCCUCGCGACGGAGCACUGACUUUCUCGGUGUCACGCUCCCGAGCGAAGCGGGAAGCAUCAGAGGUCCAGAGUCUGUGUACGGAGGAAGGGAGUCUGAGAUGGACGGACGACGAUCGCGGUCCUCAAUCGACGCACUGCGCAAUCCUUUCGCGCGCGAUUCCACGUACGAGGGAGCGCUUGACGAAGAAGAAGACGAGGAGCGUGGAGAGAUGGAAGUCGAUCUCGCAUCGUGGGGAUUGGAUGGGUACCUUCCUGAGGACAAGGGGAAGGGGAAACAGAAAGCCAAAUCCGAUGUACUGCCCAAUCCGCAUGAUCUUCCUCUUCGCCGUCCCGCUGGAUUGCGAUCUGAGCCAGGUCGUUCGGGCGUACAUGCCUCGCGUUCGAUGAGCAUGGGUAACUUCGACGAUUUUGGAGAGGGCGGCGCAUUCCUGGACGAAAAGUCUACCGUCAACAGCCUGAACGCUCGUCGACAUUCGUUCGGCUCACCUCUUGACACACCUAUGGCGAAGCAACCGUUGGAAAGGCCAGCACAUCGCGGACGGACCAUAUCCUCCCAUGCGCUCAUCGAGAACUUGCCCAUCACGCCACCACUGCACUCUAUACCCUUCCCGAGCACCGAGACGGUCCGCUCGCCCUCGCCUGCGUCCACCGAUGCCCUGAACCUCGUGCGACCUCAAUCUCGAGGAUCCGAGUCUGUGCUGAACCGCGGUCGUGCACUUUCCUCGGCUAGCUUUGGCUCUCAAGGCUUGCUCAAUGAGGAGAAACCUAACCCCUUCGCGGUCCGCCCGCCAUCUCCUGAUCGUGCGUCCAGAUUCGAUCCCAAAGCCCGCGCUCGUACAACGUCCUAUGGGUCGCUGGGUACCAUGCUCACCCCAGGUCUGCAGCAAGACGAGGAAGCUAAUCCCUUCGCCGUCCGUCCGCCCUCGCCAAGCCGUUCCUCUCGCUUCGACCCCAAGGUUCGCGCGCGGACGACAUCCGUAGCUUCCUUCGGCACCCAGGCGCUCCUGGACAUCGACGCGCAUUCUAGCGAUGACAACCGGAGCCAGGCGGCCGGGCGUACGCGCCCCUACUCCCGGUUGGAGCUCAUGCGACCAAAGGUACUCAUCAUGCCGAGUCCGCUACAGUCCUACAUGAACUCGGGCCCGACCAAUGGCGCGAUGCAGCCGCGCGCGAUCGAAGGCGCGGAGUUGCAUGCUAGCGACGCCGCCCCGCUUCCGCCCGGCGCCCGUGCUGCCCGUCGGUCGUCUACGACGCUCUCGAUGCUUGACCCGGGCGGGGGGUCCCUAACCCCCGGACUAGUUGCAUCCAACUCGUUCACACCUAACCCGAGAUCAACUCUCUCGCUGUCUCAGCUCACAUUCCGCAAUAACCUAGCUGUCGACGGUGAGCGCGACCCCGCAUACGCCGACAUCGAAUCCCACAUCCGCCGUGCCACGGAGGACGGUGAGCAGGUCGAGAUUGAGCCCGAACCCGAGCCGGCCCCACCAACGCCUGCACCGGAAAUCGUGAUCGAUCCCGCCGAUCGCUCAAAACGUCCGGCGGGUAAGUUGUAUGGUCGGAGCCUCAUUGAUGCCAUUGAGACACGCAAAGCGGAGAUGAGGGGGAAGCAGAGAGUGUUCAGAGGGGACGAGAGACCGUCGAUGAUGGCGCGACCCCAAGUACAACGCUCCAGCACCUUGAUCGAUCCAGAUAGUCUGAAGCCGCGGCCGCAGUCGCAGUUCCUCGAUGCAUCACGCUCUCAACCUAAUCUGUCGCGACGCAACACACUCGUGCAGCUGGAUGCUGAAGCUGCGGGAGGUCCCCGGCGCACGCUAUCUGGUAAUAACUUCGACGCAACAAACAAGAAGUCUGUCUUUGGCGUCGACACCUUGUGGGAGCGAGAGCUGGCCAAAUUGCGCGACAUGGAAGAGCUGGAGCGUAUCGCAACGGAGGAAGAAGCUAGGCGGCAGGCGGAAGACGAGAAACGAACGAAGAAGAGCAAGAAGAAGAGGAAACACAAGAAGACGGAAGGGGAGCGCCAGCAGGAUGUAAACAGUUUCUUGGCAGCGUCGACUUCCGACCUUGCCCUCCAUCGCAGUCCAGAGCCAGAGACGCAAAGCUCGGCAGCGCCUCAGACACCAUCAACACCAUAUGUGCUUCCUGAAAUCUCGCGCGCGACUGCGAGGAAGCGCAGAGGACCCCCUCCACCGAACGAAGAUUCCGAGGAGAGCGAUUCGGACGACGCACCCGCUGCACAUAAGCGGUCAAUGUCGAAAGACGUCGCAGCCGAUCAAUGGAUCGCUGGUUCAUCCGACGAGGAGGAUGGUGUUCGUCGACGUCCACGCACACAUUCAGGAGCAGGACUCAUCGCUCAGCCUACCGUCUCUAUGGUUUCACCCCGGUUGGUAGGUGGGGGCGAUGACAGUAGCGAUGAAGAUGUUCCUCUGGUUGCGACCAUUGGCCGUGCGGCCCAAAGGGCGGCGACUCGUGCAUCGGACGACGACUCAGAUGAAGAGAAGCCGUUGUCCGCUUUGCUGGACAAAGGCAAACUCAAACUCCCCUCCUUUCACUCGACGGGUGGGAGUUUGUUCCCUGAUAGCAGUGACAAGAACGACGAUGAGGAUGACAAGCCACUGGGGCUUCGGGUUUCAAGGGUGAUGAAUUCAUCGCAGGCACUUGGCGCUGCGAGCCAGGAUGAGGACGACGACAAGCCGCUCGCCUUCCACCCGGAACAAGUCCGCAAAACGCAGUACAUGUCGAUGAUGGCCCAACAACAACAGAUGAUGAUGCAGGCGCAGGCUGCACAGUUUCACCAGUCUAUGAUUUUCAGCGCACCGUCUAUGAUGGCUUCCGGAUUCUUCGGCCCUCCGAUGGCACCGCAGAUGAUGAUGCCCCCACCGAUCGCUACUACGCCGCCGCCUGCCCAAGAUCCAUCCAAGUUAACUCGAGUCGAUAAGUGGCGUCACGACGUGGCUGUCGAGGGCGACAGUUAA